AUGUCUGGAACCAGUUGGAACCUGAUUCGGCCAUCUGUUAGCAGGUUAUUGUGGAAUGAAGACUUCACAGACACACUAAAUAUAAACUGGUCCUCCCCAAAGGAGAAGAACUCCCGCAAACAAAUCAAUCAGAACUGUAACCAAGAGACGUCUUAUGAUAUUCUGGGGACAGAUAUCUGGGCAGUUAACACUUUUGAGAAUGCAAGUGGACCAACAUGGGAUCUACAGCCUGAGAAAUUAGAUUUCACCAACUCGUUUCAUCGAAAGCAUUUACAAAACGCUUCCAAGUACCUCCCCCACAUUGAUCAAGAAGGGAUGGUGAAGGGAAAGUUUGAAGAGGAUGGAAAUAUUACCUUGAAUGACCUGGAGAAAGUGCUUCCAGUGCGGCAGGUACUCAUGAACACCAUACUGAGACAGCAGAGGACUCCAGGGGGAAACAAAGUACAACAACAUGGCGAGCAUCAGCCGAGCAACACAAAACACAACCGAGAUCACUCGAGACAGUACCAGACUCCUACACCACACUCUGCAGGAAAGCAGGGUCCACCAAAUCAUGGCUACAGCCAGCAGCGUCGGUGGCAGCACAACCAGAGACAUUCUUCUAAUGACAAGGAGUUGAACAGGAAUGCCAAAGACAGCAGUAAUGUCCAAAGUGAGGAUCCCUCACACAGCCCUGUCCAGGUGUCUGGGGAGAUGCAUAAGCCUACGGAUCCACCCAGCAGCCCAACUCCACAGAAUCUCCAGAACUCCGAAAUAAAACGUAAAGACAGCAUUUCAGAUCGACAGGUGGACCAACCGAAAGUUAAUCUUUUGGAGUCAUCCAAAGAUAGACUGAAAAGAAGGCUGAAAGAAAAGGAUGAAAUUUCAAUGGAGACACCAAACCCUCAGCGAACCAAAAUGGACAAGUUGAUAGAAAUCCUCAACAGCAUGAGGAACAACAAUAGUGAUGUGGACUCCAACCUCACCACCUUUAUGGAGGAGGCACAAAACUCUACCAACUCAGAAGAGAUGCUAACUGAGAUAGUUAAGACUAUUUAUCACAAGGCUAUAACAGACAGGAGCUUUGCUUCAACAGCUGCCAGACUAUGUGACAAGAUGUCUCUCUUCAUGGUGGAAGGAACUAAAUUCCGAAGCUUGCUCCUCAACAUGCUGCAGAAAGAUUUUACAGUGAGGGAUGAACUGCAACAAACGGAUGUAGAGCACUGGCUUGGGUUUAUCACGUUUCUCUGCGAAGUUUUUGGAAUAAUGCGAAGCAACACAGGAGAGCCUUUCCGUGUGCUUGUCUGCCCUAUCUACACAUGUCUACGGGAGCUGUUACAGUCACAAGAUGUCAAAGAAGAUGCUGUUCUGUGUUGCUCGAUGGAGCUGCAGAGCACAGGCAAGCUGCUGGAGGAACAGCUGCCAGAGAUGAUGACAGAGCUGCUAGCUGCAGCACGCGACAAGAUGCUGGGCCCCUCCGAAUCGGCGUUGACACGGUCCCUCCUCCUUGAAGUCAUCGAGCUGCAUGCCAAUAACUGGAAUCCAUUGACCCCUACCAUCACACAGUACUACAACAAAACCAUUCAGAAAUUAACUGCUUAAAAAAAAAACAAAAAUAUAUUGGGGGGGAUAAAGAGAAAACAGGAAGGAGGAGGAACAGUAUAUGGGAAGAUGUUGUCUUUUUUUUAAUUAAAAAAAAAGACUCUUUACAGGAAAGAGAGAGGAAUGUAUUAAAUUACAAAAAAGGAACAGAAAGAUAAGUCCCAGCAUGCAGAGAAUCAUUUUAGGGGCACAUUCUUUCAUUCGAGUGCCAAGCCUCCCUUGCCCUCUCCUAUGUUUUUGAUCGUAGUUGAUCAUUUACACCACCCCAUUGUUUGUGGAGGUCUGGAGCUAGCCUGGUACUGUGUUAAGUAUGUGUAUGUGUGCGCUCAGUGUGCUUUAUUUGUUCUGCCAUUGUGACAGCCAUCUUGCUAAGCAAUUGGCAGAAGGUGACACUCAGCAGAUGGCCUGGCAGUACAAUAAGAAGCACAUUCUAUGCCAGGCUUGAACAUCAAUUACUACGUGCAGGGCAGGUAUUAAGUUGACCUUUUUUAUUUUACACAUUUUCUAAUUGCUCAAAUUUUAGGAAAGGAUGCGAGGAAAAAUAUGAAACAGUUUAAGUUUACAUUGGAAUCUAAAAUGCAUGUUCUUUUCAUACAAAGCCGAAAAUUUUAAUUUUACACAGAUUCCACAUCAGUUCUCUCCAAAAGCUAUGCAUUUAUGUUAAGUGACCGAGAGUACAGUUUUGAAUCUUUGUGUUACAUUUUGUUUGAAGUAUGAAAUGAUGAUGCUUGGGUACUAGAGUGAAACUACCAACGUUUCAUUGUCUCAGUGCUACGAUUGUUAAAAGCUGAAAGAAGACUUGACUUGGCCUCGUACACUAAAAUGAAUAAUGGUAGAUUCAGUAUCUAAAGCUAUGAAAGGACAUUGUGGCAUAAAUGUGAAGUACUUGCUAAUAUAUUGUUAAGGGAAGGAUAUUCCCAUGAGUUUACAAUAUUCUAUUUAGACUGCGAGUCUACAGUUCAUUUCGUGUAAUUAUUGAUUUUUUUUCCCCCCUCAAAGCAGUUUACCUUUAUCAACAAGUAAAAUGGCUCCAGGUGUUAGAUCUGGCUCAGUCACAUGAUGUGCACAAAGAGCUGUCUCCACGAUACUUCUGCUAGCAAAACCAGAAAUGGUACAUAUUGGGAAUUGGCUUUGAUCAUUCUUAUUAUGUCAGAUGAUGCAUAUUCUGAAAUGUGCUGAAAGCAGUUUGGUUUCUUGGGGCUGAAACAAUGACAAAACAGGUAUUUGCUCAUUAUCAUACUGCUGUUUGUGUGAGCUUGCUGUACACAAAUUGACUUCCACCUUUCCUCAUUACAACAGUGUCUACACUCAUAAAUGCUUCAUAGGGUAUAAAGAGCUUUUGGGUGCCCUGAAAUUAUGCAAGGCACUAUAUAACUGCAAAUCUAUCUUUCAUUUUAAUGUUAUAAAAUGUUGAGAUUUAAAUUUUGCAGCUUCUGAGUUUGAACUCCACAGUAUGUUGCUGCCUCUAAAACACUACAGACUCUGUGUUAACCUGUGUAAUAAAUGCUGACUGAAUUAUCCCACAUGACAAGUGCUAAGUGAAUCAUUUUGUGUAAUGUGCGCUGACUGAGCUUGUUUAUGGUAAUCACCUUGAUUAUCAUUCAGCCAUCUGACAACGAUUGGUUUAUUGUUAUUCACAUUCAAUUGCAUGAAGUGUCCAAUCAUCAUUCUCUAGUACGAUUCCUGCUAAAAGAGGGAAGGGAGAAAAUCUGUACCCUAUGCGUGAUAACAGAUAGUUGGGGACACUAAUGAUCUAGGGUUCUUGCUAAGUUGUUGUAUGAAGAUGAACAAUUUAAAGCCAACAGUGUCGUUUGUAAUGUUUCCAAGGGCCUUAUAGAAUGUUAGGCUCUUGACAAAGUGACAGAAUACCAGUUUUAUCUUAGAAGAAUGAAUUAGAAUGCGUUCUCGCUUUUGGUUAAGUCUUUUGAAGCCUGUCAGUUUCUUUUUCUAGCAAUGAGUAGGUUUUGAUACAGAUAAGUCCAAAUUCAAAUCAAGGGAUGAAACAGUCACUUCUAUUUUAAUGUUAUACAAGAACCAGGCACUACAAAAGCAGCUUCAAUCUGACACUUUUCCAUUUCUUUUUGCAUUUUUGCAGUACAACUAGAGACUAGCAUUUAUUUCUGCUUUUACUUGUAACCCUGAAAAUUCCAUGAAGAUUUGAGUGGGAGUACCAUUUGAGGUGUUAAAUUCCUACCCUUUACAUUAUGAUAUUCAGUAUUGAGUGGGAACAUCAUAUAGCUGCUGCUAGUGGGAUAUUGAAGUCAGAGUGGAAUGGAAGUUUUAUUUUAAUCUGUUUUCACAUAGCAUUAACAAGGCAAUAUCAGCCUCAAAAUGGGUCUGAUGUCUACAUUAACCACAAUGAUUGGGCUAACGCUACCUUGAUAGGCACAGUCAGUGGUGCCCAAAGCACUGAUCUUGGUUCAGAGGAUAUACCACUUCUAAUGUGUAACCAAUUGUCCUAGGACCCAGAUAUUUUGUUUUUGAUUUGUUAAUGACGACAUUUGAGCAUCACUGCCUAGAUCAGUAUUUGUUGCUCAUCCUUAAUAUCCCUUGAGAAUAUUGUAGAGAGUCACCUUGAACCACUGCAUUCCAUGUAGUCUAAAUACUCCAGUCAUAGAGGGACUUCCACACCUUUCACUCAGUGACAGUUUAAUAAUGGUAAUAUAGUUCCAAGUCAAGAUGGUACAUGGCUUAGAGGGGAAUUUGCAGAUGGUGAUGUUCCCAUUCCCAUGUAGCCAUGUUCUUUUAAGUGGUAAAGGACAUCGAUGCUGUUGAAAGAGCCUGGGAAAGUUGCAGUAGUGCAUCUUGUAGAUGGUGCACACUGCUCCCAUUGUUCAUGGUUGGUGGCUGCAUGUUUAACAUAGUGGAUGGAAUGUGAUAUCAAAUGAUCCGCUUUGUCAAGGAAGGCUUUGAUGGAACUAUGCCCAAGCAAGUGGACAGCUUUCAUUUCACUCUUGACUUGUACCAUAUUAACUUGAAAAGAUAUUCAGUAAGGAGCUACAUGAAAGAUCGUUGCACAAAAGCCUAUGAUGUUGGAGUGAUGGAUUAGCAUGGAUAGAUAUUUGGCUAACUAAUAGAAAACAGAACAAAUGGAUUAUUUUCAAUUGGCAAACUAAUCACUGCUGCAGUGAUCAUUUCUGAGACCUCAGUUAUUUACAGUUUAUAUUAAUGAUCUGGAUGAAAGGACAGUCUGUAUUGCAGCCAAAUGUGCUGACGGUACAAAGAUAAGUAAGAAAGCAAGUUGUGACGAUACAAUGAGCCUGCAAAGGAUUAUAGAUUUAGUUGAGCGGGAUGGGGGUGAAGUAUAGUGAUAAUGUCACUGGAAUAGUAAACUAAAGCUAAUGCUCUAAGGAUACAGGUUCCGAUCCAAUCACAGUGGUAUUUAAAUUCAGCUAAUAAAUCUGGAAUUGAAGACUAGUUUUGAUAAUGGUGACCAUGAAACUAUCACCAAUUUUUACAUUUUUAAAAAUUAAUUCAUGCG